GGCCCCGGCAGGCUCCGUCCCGGCCCGCGGCACCGGCGGCGGGGACAUGCCGCGCCCUCGGCCGCGGGGCCAGCAGCGUGCCAGCGGCGGCGGGGCGGCCAGGGAGCGAAAUGUCAGCAGUGGAAUCCCAGCAGGAGCAGGCGUCUCAGUCGGACCCGUCCCCAUCACCAAACUCAUGUAGCUCCUUCGAGCUGCUCGACAUGGACGCCGGCGGCCUGUACGAGCCCGUCUCCCCACACUGGUUCUACUGUAAGAUUGUGGAUGUCAAAGAGACAUGGAUCCCUUUCACCUCGGACGAUUCCCAGCAGCUCGAAGAGGCAUACAGCUCUGGGAAGGACCACGGUGGGGGCAUCGUGCCCACCGACGGGGGCCGCUACGACGUGCACCUGGGCGAGAGGACGCGCUACGCCGUGUACUGGGACGAGCCGGCGUCGGAGGUGAGGCGCUGCACCUGGUUCUACAAGGGCGACAAGGACAGCAAGUACGUCCCCUACUCGGAGAGCUUCAGCCAGGAGCUAGAGGAGACGUACAUGCUCGCUGUCACUCUGGACGAGUGGAAGAAGAAGCUGGAGUCUCCCAACAGAGAAAUCAUCAUAUUACACAAUCCCAAGCUCAUGGUCCAUUACCAGCCAGUGGCGGGCUCUGAUGAAUGGGGCGCAACGCCUGUGGAGCAGGGGCGACCAAGGACAGUGAAGAGAGGGGUGGAGAACAUCUCAGUAGACAUUCAUUGUGGGGAGCCUUCACAAAUCGACCACUUGGUUUUUGUGGUGCACGGAAUCGGGCCAGCCUGUGAUCUCCGCUUCCGGAGCAUCGUGCAGUGCGUUAAUGAUUUUCGAAGUGUUUCCUUGAACUUGCUACAGACACAUUUUAAGAAAGCCCAGGAAAACCAGCAGAUUGGGAGAGUGGAAUUUCUGCCCGUCAACUGGCACAGUCCUUUGCAUUCCACUGGUGUGGAUGUGGAUCUGCAGCGGAUAACCCUGCCCAGCAUCAACCGGCUCCGCCACUUCACCAACGACACGAUUCUGGACGUUUUCUUCUACAACAGCCCCACCUACUGCCAGACGAUCGUGGACACCGUGGCCUCGGAAAUGAACCGCAUCUACACACUUUUUCUUCAGAGGAACCCUGAUUUCAAAGGGGGUGUAUCCAUUGCUGGUCAUAGUUUAGGUUCGCUUAUAUUGUUUGAUAUCCUAACAAAUCAGAAAGAUUCUGUGGGGGCUAUUGACAGUGACAAGGAUGUGCUAAAUGUUACCAUGGAGCAAGGAGAUGCACCAACACUGGAGGAGGACUUGAAGAAACUUCACCUUUCUGAAUGGUUUCCUGUCUUUGAGAAGGAGAAAGUAGAUAAGGAAGCUCUGGCUUUGUGUACAGAGAAAGAUCUUCAGGAAAUGGGAAUUCCUUUAGGACCAAGGAAGAAGAUACUGAACUAUUUCAGGAGCGACUCGGCGGGUGUCAGUGGGUCCGCUGCACAGUCAGCAGCCUGCGGGCCGAGCAGCCCCGCAGAGGCGGCGUCCUGCAGUGCCACUGCUGACCACAGAGCCCGCGACUGUCCGGACGUCAGCAUUGGGCAGGUGUCAGUAAAAUACCCCCGCCUCAUCUAUAAGCCAGAAAUAUUCUUUGCCUUCGGAUCUCCUAUUGGCAUGUUUCUUACUGUCAGAGGACUGAAAAGAAUUGAUCCCAACUACAAGUUCCCAACAUGCAAAGGUUUCUUCAAUAUCUAUCACCCUUUUGAUCCUGUGGCGUAUAGGAUUGAACCAAUGGUGGUGCCAGGAGUGGAAUUUGAACCAAUGCUGAUCCCACACCACAAGGGCAGGAAGCGGAUGCACUUGGAGCUGAGGGAGGGCUUGAGCAGGAUGAGCAUGGACCUUAAGAACAACCUGCUGGGCUCCCUACGGAUGGCCUGGAAGUCCUUCACCAGAGCGCCCUACCCGGCCCUCCAGGCCUCGGAAAGCGCAGAAGAGGUGGAAGCGGAGGCCGAGGCCAGUGUGGAGAAGCCCUGCGAUGCAGGUACAGAGGACAGCUCCACGGCGGCGGCAAAAGCAGCAGCCACGCCCAUCAACGUGGGCAUGCUCAAUGGGGGUCAGCGCAUUGACUAUGUGCUGCAGGAGAAGCCCAUCGAGAGCUUCAACGAGUACCUGUUUGCUCUGCAAAGUCACCUGUGCUACUGGGAGUCUGAAGACACGGUGUUGCUUGUCCUCAAGGAGAUCUACCUGACCCAGGGCGUCUGCCUUGACCAGCCCUUCCACUGACUCACCCGCCUGGCACCGUGGCACUGCUUCCGGUAAGUGGCUCCUGUACGUGUGCAUGCAGCCCCCCUGGGUGAACGUGCUGGGAGGCCCCGUGGCGUUCCCAGGCUCCUUGUGGACCCGCUGUUCUCUUGCUGUCUCUGGGAUCCAGGCAUCACUUACCGGAAGUUCCUGGGCAAUAUGCAAUGGCUGCCUUGGAGUGCCAGGAUUCUCUCAUGACACCUGCCAACUUUUAGAACUUCAGCUCAGAAUCUUAAUGGUUCAUAUCGCUGAAGAGUUACCAUGGCAACAAUCAGGAUUUUAAUUCCAAGCACCCUCUCCUGAGAUUUCUGUCCUUCAGUCAUGUGGCUGAG